CUGGUCCAAAAAGCUGGACCUGGACCAAACACACCUAGAGUCCUAGACACCCUAGCACCUCUCGGCCGCGAAACCCACAGUUCGGAUCCCGGAGGUGCACCGCGGCCGGGGCGGCACACGAGCCGGCUAGCCGCGAUGGCCGGGCGAGCGUAACGACUGUCUAGUAGUAUGACUGUACGAGACACGGCGGUAGUGGCAGCUGGCACGAAGGGAGAUGAUUAAAAAUACCGUGGCCACGCUGAUGGUGCGCCUCCACCACCUGCCCCUGCCCCGCGCCGCGCCCGCUCCCACCUACCGUUGCGGCCGCCACCUCGCCCUCGCGCCCCCUCUCCCUCGGCUGCGGGCAUCGGCCGCCGUCAUGUCAACGGCGGCGGAACAGACGAUCGCCGACCAGAAGCGCACGCUGCGCGCCGAGGUGCGCAGGGCGCUGAAGGCCCUCUCUGCCGACCAGCGCGCCAGCGAAGAUCUGGCUAUUCAAACUACAAUACUGGAUUCCUCUUGGUUCAAAGCAAGCAAACGGUUGUGCGCUUAUAUAAGCUGUCAGCAGUUGCGAGAAGUUGAUACAUCAAAAAUACUAGCAGAGUGUCUACCGUCGAAUCCUGGACAAGAGGAACUGGCAAAGGAUCUUUAUGUUCCUCGAGUGGAGGAUAAGAACCGUAACAUGAGGAUGCUCAAAAUCACCACCAUGGAUGAUUUAGUUAAGAAUUCAAUGAACAUUCUGGAACCAUCGCCUGUGGAUGCUACUGGGAACAAUCGUGAAGAUGUAUUGUCAUCAUUGUCUCCUGUUGAUCUUUUUUUAUUGCCGGGACAAGCUUUUGAUAGAACUGGUCGAAGACUGGGGCGUGGUGGAGGGUACUAUGACACAUUCUUGCUGAAGUACCAAGAACUUGCAAAAGAGAAAGGGUGGAACCAGCCUCUCUUAGUUGCUCUUUCGUACUCGGUGCAAAUUAUGGACGAGGGCAUCAUCCCAGUCAAUUCAACUGAUGUUCCUAUUGAUGCUCUGGUCUCAUCGUCCGGUGUUAUUCCAAUAAGUGCUGCGGCGUUGCAGAGGAUGCAAUGAAGUUGAUUGGCCUCUGUAGCCAUGCUUUCACAACAAGCACCUUCUUCUGAUCCCUGGUUGCACUAGCAAAUACACCAGCAGAUCAAGGAAACUGUCUCUUUUUUCCCCCUCGUGGCUCCUCUCUUGUAUCAUCUUUUACGUUUUAACAGGGUGAACUGGACGUCUACAUCUUAUUCCAGCCACUUCAGAUUUAUUUUUGUUGAGGCAUCUGUAGACAAAUCUUAUUUAGGCUUUGUUCGGUUAAUCCUGUUACCCCGGUUAAUCCUGUUA